CGUUGCGAUGACUGGGGCGUGGACACCAUGAAGCAGAUCCAGAUUUAUGAUGGGGAACCUGCCAAGAUCAAAUGCCCACUUUUCGAGACCUUCUUGAAGUACAACUACAGCACAGCACAUUCUGCUGGCUUAACCCUGAUCUGGUACCGGAUCGGGCAGGACCGGGAACUGGAGGAGCCCAUUAAUUUUCGUCUCCCAGACAAUCACAUCAGUAAGGAGAAAGACACCCUUUGGUUUUGGCCUGCUCUUCUCAACGACACUGGGAAUUACACGUGCAUGCUCAGAAAUACAACUUACUGCAGCAAAGUUGCAUUUCCCUUGGAAGUUGUUCCAAAAGACCAACACUCUUGUGUAAGCCACUCAAUAAAACCCAUUGAGGAGAUGUUCUACUUGGAGCAUAACAAUGAGAAGAUCAUAUGUCCAGAUAUUGAUGGGUUUUACCCUGCAAGUGUAACACCAACUGUCAAGUGGUACUUUAACUGCAACUUGGUGGAUGGCUUCUAUGAGCGAUAUCCUCAAGGGCCCAGGCUUGUCAUCGGCAUUGUCCGCAGCGCAUAUAAAGGAAAUUACACUUGUAUUGUGACAUUCAAGUACCACGGAAGAACCUAUACUCUCACCAGAACCAUAAUGAUGAAGGUGGUGGGAUCUCCAAACAAGGCCUUGCCACCACAGUUCACCUCUCCAAAUGAGAAAGUUGUCUACGAACUGGAAGCAGGAAAUGACCUUGUUCUGUCCUGUGAGGUCUUCUUCACUUUUCUGAAGGACUCCCGGACUGAGGUGUGGUGGACCAUAGAUGGGAAAAACACAGAUGACAUCAUGGACCCCAAGAUAAAAGUCACACAAAGUGAAAUUACUAGAGAUUUUGAAGACAAAACUGUCAUAAGGACUCUAACAGUUGCAAAAGCCACACCAGAGGACUUGAAACAGAAUUAUACUUGCUAUGCUAGAAAUGCCAAAGGCGAGGACCAUAGCCAGGCCAUAGUGCGCAUGAAAGUUGUAGCACCGAAGUACACCGUGGAGCUGGCCUGUGGACUGGGGGCAACCAUCCUGCUUGUUGUGGUGCUGAUAGUCGUCUAUCACGUUUAUUGGCUUGAAAUGGUCCUCUUCUAUCGGGCUCAUUUUGGAACAGAUGAAACCAUUCUAGACGGGAAGGAAUACGAUGUGUACGUGUCCUACGCACGCAAUGCGGAGGAGGAGGAAUUUGUGCUGCUGACACUGCGGGGAGUCUUGGAGAACGAGUUUGGGUACAAGCUGUGUAUCUUCGACAGAGACAGCCUCCCUGGGGGAAUUGUCACAGAUGAAACCCUGAGCUUCAUCCAGAAAAGCCGACAUCUGCUUGUUGUCCUGAGCCCCAACUACGUCUUGCAGGGGACACAGGCCCUGCUGGAGCUCAAGGCUGGUCUAGAGAAUAUGGCCUCCAAGGGCAACAUCAAAGUCAGUCUAGUGCAGUACAAGGCCAUCAAGAAGAGCAAAGUGAAGGAGCUGAAGCAGGCCAAGGCGGCCUUGACUGUCAUUAAAUGGAAAGGCGAGAAAUCCAAGUUCCCAAAAGGCAGGUUCUGGAAGCAGCUGCAGGUGGAAAUGCCAGUGAAAAAAAUUAGCAGGAGUUUGAGCCUUGAUGCGCUUAUACGUAUCCCUGAAAAAUGUUUGUCACCUUCAGAAAACAGAGCAAAACAAACCCCAGAAAUCCACAAGUUAGGCCAGGGAGUGGGAAGGAACUCAGGGUUUUUGCCAUGA